AGUUAGUAUGAGGGAGAGGAGAGCCCGGAUUAUGCUGAGCCACAGGCCCUCAUACCUUGCCAAGCCUGCAGUCUAUGUGGACAGGAGAUAGGGUUACCAACUGACGGAGUAUGAGAUGUGUCAGGGAGGUGCAAUGUUAGAGGCCUUACACCCCAGGUGGGACCUACCAUGCUGGAUGCUGGCCAGUGGUGGUGGUGACAGGGAAGUGGAACUCAGGCGGGAUUGACCCUAUUACCAAGUGAAGGAAGUGGAAGGCGACAGAACAGUUGUGAGGUGGGAAGAGAAGCAGAAGGUGUGACCCUAGAGGGUGGAUACAGGGACAAGGGGUGAGAUGUAAGGAAGGUCUCUAUGCUGUUCACAUGGUGGACUGAGGAACAGAGACCAGUGGUGUUGGCAACUCUUGGUAGCAUGGAGUGGUCCACAGGGUCUCUGCCAGCCUAGGGUGCUGGGUUAGUCUGCUGCCCAGCACAGGGGUAGCCUUGAUUCUUCACAUCCUGUCCUUUUGCUUCUCUGUGCAUUCCUGGCCAACAGGCUGAAAGAAGAGAACUUUUGUUCUCCUGUGACAGGGUCCCCCAAAUUGCUUCCUACUUGAACAUCUUGUGGUGAAGUCUUGAGAAGGUCUUACACUUGCCUCUGUAUAUUUAUUCUUAGGAAAGAGCACUGUAGACUUGGUGGAUGUCCCACCUGGUGGCCAUACUCCACUCAGUGGUCUGAAAAUGGAAGCCAUCUCCUCCACGUCCCAUCCUGUUAUUUGUCCAGCAGACCAUGGGGACACCAUGGCUACCAGUAUGCAUUUAUUGGGUGCAUCACUGGGUCUGCCCCUAAUAGGAGCCACGUACCCUCUUCAACUUUGUAACCUUCACCCCUGACACUCUUUGUGUCUCCCUCCAGCUCCCCAGCAUUUGGAGUACAUGACCUUCAGCCUACAUCACUCCCACAUGGCACCUACUGAUCAAGCCGGUGGUCCAUUGUGAUAUCAAAGUGCCUUCUAGAUGGCAAAUACAGAGCAGGACAUCCCGAUACAUAAACGUUUUCACAAAUGGAAGAUUAUUUAUCCCUCCUAUAAAAGUUAUUAUACCCAAAUUCAGCCUGUCAGAUUGGAAUAGCGUGCUGGCCAUGAUUGGAGAAAAAGUCUUCCCUCUAGGAGGAGUUCGAAAGUUGUUUACAAUGGAUGGACAUCUUUUGGAUGACUCAAAGAAUUUGCAAGACAAUUAUUUUUAUGUUGCUGCAGGACUGGAGACUUUUAAAUCCAUUCCUUACUGGAAGUCCUCAUGGGUCCCCAGUGAGGUCCAGCAGAGAUUUGGAGGCAAUGAUAAAUACACGCAAACAAAGAAAAGAGUGGAGUCCAAAGUAAAAGAACCUCUUCAAAAUGACAGUGUACCACCUAGAAGUCAGGAUUCUGUUUAUUAUGCCAAAGAGAAAAAGCAGAUGGAUACAGAACUUUUAGUUCAAAGUGGUGCAGAAGGUGAUGUUUAUAAAGCCCAGACUCCGGCUAAGGAGGCCCAAGAAGCCCUGGAAGUCAAGGAGGACCCAGAGGUGAAGGUGGAGGUGCCAGUCGAUCAGGCACCAGCUGAAAUUGUCAAAGAAAUUGACGAGAUAGGCGAUAGCAGCCCUGGCCUGAAGAGUGGCAUGGAAAAGGAAGUGGAAAGGCUUUAUGAAGAUAUUGACAGAAAGCAGCUCUCAAGAACUUCUGCAAGAAUAAAGAGGUGGUUCCAACGCCUGAAAAAAAACAACAUGACAUUUUAGAAGAAAAAUCCACACCUGUACUGAUAGAAACCCAAGUAGAAGCAGAAGUUCAGAGAGAUCCAUCAAUAGGACAAGAAUCACUAGAAGAGUCAUCAUUAACUGAAGACCAAAGACAUGAGCAACAAGAAUCCUUUGUAAAGUCAUUUUUGGGAGCACCAUCCCCAGAACAAAGACCUGAGAAAAAGGAAUCCCCUACGCAAUCAUCCUUGGAUCCAAUACCUCUAAAGCAUCAACUUGAGCAGCAAAAGAUACCUGUACAGUCCUCCUUGGGACCACCAUCUCUAGAGCAACAACCUGAACAACAAGAGGUACAUAUACAGUCAUUCCUGGGACUACCAUUCCUAGAGCAGAAACUUGAACAACAAACGGUACCUGUACAGUUGUCCUUGGGACCACCAUCCCCAGAGCAACAACUUGAACAACAUGAGGUUUCUGUAAAGUCAUCCUUGGAACCACCAUCCCCAGAGCAACAACUUGAACAAGAGUCUCCUGGACAGUUAUUCUUGGGACCACCAUCCCCAGAGCAGCAAUGGCAAGAGAUACCUGUAUACUCAUCUUUCAAACCAUCAUCUCCAGAACAACAAUUUGAACGAGAGUCCUCUAAAGAGUCAUCCUUGGGACAGUUCUUAGAACAACCACCUGAGCAAUGAGAAUCUCUUAAAUAGUCAUCUUUGGGACCACCAUUCCAAGAAUAUCUACCCAAGCAACUAGAUCCCAAUGACAGUCAUCCUUGAGAUAACAAUCUUAGAAACAGGUGACUCUGGGACAGCACAUGAAACAAAUACUAUGGUGACAAAACAUCAGCCAUGCUGUGAAGAGAAACAAGUCAGGAACUGGACAGGACCGUAGGCAAAUGAAAAUAAAAUUAGACAAUUUAUUUUCAUAUUAUGCUGAGGUAUGCCAGUAGGGUAUUACAAUUGUCAACCUCAUAUUUUGAUGGCCGGACUUAAAGUUUAAAAGAUGAGUAAGAUUAAAUGCAUGUGGAAACCC